CGUCUAUAAGUAUAUAUGGUCUGUGGAUAACAACAAAAAACUUUCAUUUGAUUUGAUUUUUCAUUUGAUUUGUUGUUUGUUAAUUAAUUUAUAAACAAAUGUAAUUAAAAAAAAAAUUAGUUUCAAAAAGUUGAACAGUGAUUGCUGGUGUAAAUACAAUAUCAUUUGAAAUAAAAAGGCAAAAUGUCUUCAAUGCAAAAAACGGAUGAUGUGUUAGAAAAAGUUACAAAAUCAUUAAAAUUAUGGAAAAAAUUAAUAUCAGAUGUGUGCGAAAAUGAUGAGACCAAACAAAACCAAUUGAACAUUUUAGAAACUCAUGUAAAAGAAUAUAGUGAGUUGGAACAUAACUUUAAUACAACCAGUAAGGCUUUUCAGAACUUGGAUGAGAAAUUAAACUCUUCAGAAAAGAUAGAAGAUAUAGAAAGUUUGUAUCAGGAUUGCGUGGAUAAUGUAACAACAGGGUCAUCAAUAAACCAUCAAAAAAGUCGUGUUUGGCAGACAAUCUUUAAAGGUAAUGCUGACGUAAGGGAAGUUCAUAAGAAGAGCAAAAAACUUCAAGAUACACAAUAUGAUACUAUUGAUGAAUCCCUACUUUGUUCCAAUGUGUUUGUUCCACCUUUGGAUCCUAUCAGUAAAACGAAAGUAAAAAAUCCAUAUAAAAGUAAGAAAUGUGGCCACAUAUAUGAAUUUGAUUCUAUAGCUAGUUACAUUAGAUCCCAAGGAAAGAAAGCAAAAUGUCCUUAUAUAGGAUGCAAUAGUGAACAAUUACGAAUGACAGACUUAGUAAGAGAUAAUGAAUUACAGAGCCAAAUUUCACAAUAUGAAGAAACACAUGUUAGUGAGGAAGAAGAAGAAGAUAGUGAUGACGAUUAAAAAUUAAUGGUGUUAAUAUAAUGCGUUAAUUUGAUAGGUAUUUUUUAUAUAAAUACAUUUUUUACAAGCGUUAA